UAUGGCACAAAGUCUUACAAUGCUGGGUUUAGCCUUACCAGGGCGUAAUGUGUCGGGGGUCAAACAACAUGCCAUCUUCCCUGUUUUCUGAGUUUGGGAGCAGCUCUCAGCUCCUCACUUUUUCUACUUCAAGCUACAAAAAUGCUAGAAAAUAACAGAAUUUUGGAAGGCUUGCUAUUUGAAUGGGAAAAAUUCCAUUCCAUCAAUCACAAACAACCAUCCAAACCCAGACCCAAUCCUCAAAUAAAGCAGCAAUGGUCGAUGGUCAUGAUCAGAGACUCUCUUCCACACAACGACCUCUCCAUCUUCCCUCCCGUCAACCACGAAAAUCUCCCCCAUCAAAUUCAACAACAACAUAACCCGCCUUCCAGGUCAACUCUUUCACCACCACGGCCAGACGCCAGCGAGGUCAUCCCAGCAUCCGCUGAUGGCGGGAUCGGAGAAUGGUUGGGAAUCGGGCUUGAGAUUUUGCGCGCCAAGAUGGUGAGCAUCGCCCGUUAUUUCGGUUACAAAAAUGGGACAAUGGGGAGAGCAUUUGGAUCUUUUGGAAGGGUUAUCGGGGUAGCGGCGGCGGCGGUGUUGUGGUGGCUGUGCAGGCGGCGGAGGUGUAGGAAAGAGAGCGUGGAGCAGUUGACGAGGAGUAUAAAGGAGAAAGAUGAGAAAAUUAGAGGACUGUUAAACCAGAUUGCUGAAAUGAAUCAAGUGUUGGUAGCACGUCAUAAAGCUUUAGCUUCAAACCGGACCCCAUUUGUAGCAUCUGUUUGAGAUGUUAGGUAAAUUUUUCCAAAUUCAUAAAAUAAUAUAUGUAAUAUAUAUUAGUAUGAAUUUGUGUAUAUUUGUAGACUUGGUUGUUUCUUCAUCUGAUUAUCAUUUUAGCCCUCAGUCAUGAUCAUCCCUUGCUUGCUUUCGCCAUAUCAAUUUGUUUAUAAAUUUCUUUAUUUUUUGUGUUUUCUUACCAUGGCACCAUCAACACCCUUUCACCUCCAUUUGGCUUUAAAAUUGAUAAAGAUUGAUGCUUUCAAUAAAGAAAAGGAAAAUAUAACAUGGAUGACAUGUUGUCUCAUUCAACAUAGACCCAGAUUAAAACAAUACUUCACAAACUGGUACUUUUGGAUUAUGGUUCAUUUAUCACUAAGAAGCCUAGUUUUCGAGCGUUUGGUAGAAGAAAAAUGCGGCCUCACAAGGGUCAA